AAAAUUCGGGCAACGCCUGUCGAAACGAUUAUCAUCAAUGACUGUAGUGUUUCGUAUUAUCUGUAUCAUCGGUUUGGAAUGCAACUUUCCGUCAAAAGAGAAGGUCAGGUUAACUUUCAAUCGUGUGGUUUAGAAAUUUGCACGUCAGUUAGCUGGCUUUUAAAAAAACUUGGGUUAUAUUUGUCAAUAUCUAAUUUUUGGUCCAAGAUGUCAAAUCCUGCAGAACGUUUAAACUAUAUUCAGGAUAGCAGCAGUGAUACAGAAACAGAUAAAGAAACGGGUGGUAGAGGACGUCAUCGUAUUUAUAAGAAUAGAAUGAGUUGUGGUGGCUCUUCAAAACCAAAAUCUUGUUUGGUACAAAGAGAUGGGAGCAAUGAAAGACACUGUCAUUCCUUCAAUUCUGGGAGACAAAAUACUAAUAUUAAUCAACAAAACAGACUUUGCUCUGGAGUUGGUGUUGGAAAAAAUCAACAAAAUCAAAGUAGAGACAAUUUACCAUCAUCAGGAUCUGUUACUGGUAUAAAUAAUCCACAAGCAAGUGAUGAACGCAUUACUCUUAUUGUUGAUAAUACUAGAUUUAUUGUUGAUCCUGCAUUAUUUACUGCACAUCCAAAUACAAUGUUAGGUAGAAUGUUUAGUUCUGGAGUUGAAUAUGCUCAACCAAAUGAGCGUGGAGAAUAUGAAGUUGCAGAUGGUAUAUCUGCUAUGGUGUUUAGAGCUAUUCUUGAUUAUUAUAAAGGUGGUGUAAUUCGAUGUCCUCCGACAGUUGCCGUUCAAGAAUUACGAGAAGCUUGCGAUUAUCUACUAGUCCCAUUUGACGCUAAUACAGUAAAAUGUCAAAAUUUGAGAGGAUUAUUACAUGAAUUAUCUAAUGAAGGUGCACGAUGCCAAUUUGAAGUAUUCCUUGAAGAUUUAAUAUUACCACUUAUGGUAAACAGCGCACGUAGAGGUGAUCGCGAAUGUCAUAUUGUUGUUUUAUUGGAAGAUGAUAUUGUUGAUUGGGAUGAAGAAUAUCCUCCACAGAUGGGAGAAGAAUAUUCACAAACUGUUAACAGUACUGCGAUGUAUCGAUUUUUCAAAUAUAUCGAAAAUAGAGAUGUAGCGAAACAAGUAAUGAAGGAACGUGGUUUAAAAAAAAUUCGUUUAGGCAUUGAAGGUUAUCCUACUUAUAAAGAAAAAAUCAAGAAGAGAGCAGGAGGACGCGCUGAAGUCAUUUAUAAUUACGUACAAAGACCAUUUAUUCAUAUGUCUUGGGAGAAAGAAGAAGCGAAAAGUCGACAUGUUGAUUUUCAAUGUGUAAAAUCAAAAUCUGUGACUAAUCUUGCUGAAGCUACAGCUGAUCCAGUAUUAGAUGCUGGUGGAAAUCCAAUAGCUAUCGCUCUUUUACAAGCAACAGAACCAGUGCCUCAACCAGAAGUCAUAUUACCAGUCGGUCAAGAUGCCGACGUAGAAGGUGCCAUAGGUUUACCAGCUGAUCAAGAUCUUGGAUCGAUACCGCCUGAUGAAUUUCACAACUUUACAAUAAAGAAGUCUGCAAUUGAAAAAUCGUAUUCAGAGGCACUUCUUAAAAUAUCUUCUGCAUAUUUGAAUAAAAAAAUACCAAAUAUUCCGGAUCUCAAAGUUGAUGGAGCAGAAGAGAAAUGGAAUAUGUGGAAUGUUUGGCGAACUGUCCUAGAAGAAAAUGAGAAAUUGGCUAGAGCGCGAUUAGCAGCAGUAGAAGUUUUCCAACAACAAAUUGCUGACGAUGCAAAAAGUUUAAAGUUGCACAAACUACAAAUUUCUAAGAAGGCAAUCGACCAAUUAAUGAUAGUACAAAAAGAAUUACAAAUCUGUGUACAAGAUGUAGACAAAACAAAGAAAUUGUAUUUCGAUGAAGAACAUAGCGCCCAUGAUGUACGCGACAAAGCGAAAGAUAUUGAAGAGAAAUUAAAGAAAAAAAAAGGAUCUUUUUUCCAAUCGAUAACAUCAUUGCAGAAAAAUAGUGCAAAGGUGAGCUCGAAACGCGAUGCUUUAGAAGAAAAAUCAACAGGAGCGCGAAAUGAUUAUUUGCUUAGUCUUGCCGCUGCCAAUGCACAUCAAAAUAGGUAUUUUGUAGUUGACCUACAAAAUACUAUGCAAUAUUUAGAACAAGGUGUUUAUGAUAAAGUUGCAGAAUAUUUAACGCUAAUGGGUCGUACAGAACUUUUAACCUGUCUAGCUACACAAAAUAGUUUUGGUAAAAUUCGUGACCAAGCACAACAACUCACAAGAGAGUACAAUAUACAGUGUUGCUGCUUGUAUUAUCCUGUUUUAAAACAACAUAUACAAUAUGAUUUUGAACCAUGUGACAACGAUCCAAUAGAGAGGAUAACAGCUGAUCAUUCUGCUGCAGCUACACUUGGAAAAGAAGCUCGUCGCUGGUCGACGAGAAUAGCUCGUGAAAUAAAUAGCAUCCGAGAAAAUAAUAGGAAAUUACAAAUUCUAUUACAAUUAAAAGAAUCUGGACAAAAGACUGAUCCGAACGAUCCACAAGGUCCAGAUGUAGAUACAAAAAUCGAUGAAUUGAAGCAUAUUAUACGACGUGCAGAGACAGCAAAGCUGAAGGCAGAAGCGAGAAUAGAAUGUCUUCGAAACGGUGGAGUCAACGUUGAUGAAUGGCUACAAGAGGCAGAAACUUUAAGUGUUCAAGAUAUGCCACGUUCGGCUAGUUCUCUUUCUGUUAGAACUGAUGCCUCGGGAACGGCGGAACAUCCCUCCUCAGAUUCAUUCUAUGAUAGUGAUGGAGACGGAGGAAGUGAUUUGACAACUGUUGAACGACCAGGUAGUGCACGAAAUGUUCCUCAACAAGAAGAAGAAACAACAGAGGAAAGGCAAAGACAUGAUAGCGAAGAAGUUGAUGCUUUGCUUGAACAAGAGAAACAACGAAUAGAACAACUUACAGUAGGUUGGGAUGAUCCAACGGCUGUAGAUUGGGAUAAUGAAGAAAAAGAAGAACAGAUUGAACUUCGUGAAACAUCUGAAAUUCCUUCCACACAACAAAUAUAUAAAUGUACCGCACUUUAUUCAUAUACGGCACAAAAUCCUGAUGAAUUGUCAAUUGUCGAAAGUGAGCAAUUAGAAGUUGUUGGUGAAGGUGAUGGUGAUGGAUGGCUCCGAGCACGAAAUUAUCGUGGUGAAGAAGGCUUUGUUCCUCAAAAUUAUCUUGAUGUUGAAAGAGACACAACAUCCGGUCUUACUUCUCAAGGACCAGGUUUGGUACAACAAAUAUCCUUUUCCUCAGUAGAUUACACUAUCGAUGAUCAUGAUGCAGUAGAUCCAGAUGCCAAUUUACAAAUGACAACAUCAGAAACUAUCGUACAAAAUCAUAUAGGAGAAAUAGAACAAUAUUGCAUUGCUCUUUAUGAUUAUGAUGCUACAUGUGACGAAGAACUUAGUUUUCUCGAAGGUGAUAUUUUAAAAGUCUUAAGAAAAGAACCGCACGAUGUCGAUGAUGGAUGGUGGGAAGGAGAAUUACGUGGACAACGAGGAUUAUUCCCAUCUUUAAUUGUAGAACCUUGUGCUGCAGAUGGUUCACCUUUAACUCCACAGGAGAAUAUAACACCACCGAGCUCUGCACCACCAGUAUUUACACCACCUGAAGUUCCAGAAUUUUUAUUAGAAAAUGAAAUAACACAAAGUAUGAUGAAAGAAUCACAGAAUGGAAAAUCUAUUAAUGCAAGCAUUGAAGAACAUCGACAAGAAGGAUUCAUGAUAAAUCUUUCAAAGGACCAAAGAAGUCAAUACGGUUCACAGUUUGAAGCCGAUCAAUCUGAAGGACCUGGUAUAAUAGUUGUAGAAGUAUCGGAUGAAUUAGGAACAAAGGUAGAUGAUGAAAAAACAAAAUAUUUAAAUACUGAUGACCAAUCGAAAGAAGAUUUCGGACUUGGCGUUGCGCAAAUUGUAAUUACUGCAGCGACACCAAUGGAAGAAGUUGAACAUCCUUUCCCAGGUUUAGAAGAAGCUAUUGAUGAGACAGUGAAAUCGACAGAAAGUUCUGAUGGUGAUUUACCUUCAAGCACUAAUAUUGAUGUGAAUGAAAGUGAUUGCAAAGAGGCCACUGUGAUAAUAGAUGAAAAAGAAGAACAAGAAACUACAGAAACAACCGAAGAUAUUGAAGAGAAAUCAACAGUUGAUGAUUUACCAACAGACUCGGCACCAUUUCCAAUUAGUAGUAGUUCUGGUAGUGAAGCAGAUUCAACAUCUGGGCCAAGUACAGCAGAUAAUUCUCAAUCUAUACCAUCUCGUGGUACCGUAAUCGAAGUACAAGAAACAGAAGAUAUUGAAAUUGUACCAGAAAAGAUGGUAGUGGGAGGAAGGGCAAGUAUUCCAGAUGAAUUACAACCUGACCAAUUAGAGAAGCUACAAAAUUUGAAAGAAUCGAAUGCCUAGGAUUGACUAGACCUCGGAGAUCCUGAUUAUCCUGCCUUAUCAAAUAAACUGGCUCUUCCGAAAAAUCAUCAAAAUAAAUUUCAGCAUUUACUGGAAUUUUGGAAAUCUCCAGAGGUUAUUGGAAAGAAAGACUAAUGAAUAAUGGAACAACUAAAUAAUUUUUAUGUUAAUAUUAUGUACACAACUUUUUUGCUAGAUGAUACUCUAGUGAACUAUUUAAAGAAAGAUGUUGCGACUUUUGCAACCUAUUUACAACAUAUUAAUGUACAGUUAUAAGGUAAUAAAGAAAAUUGUCAAUACCUAUAAUA